GUUGGUAAUGAUUCUCUUUUGAGACAAAGAUAAGCUUACUUUAGAGGAAGAAAUGAGCAUUAACAGACUUUUAGUUGGUACACCUGACUGAUGUUUUUUGUAAUAGCAGAUUGGAGCUCUGUGAGCAAUGCCAUGUCCAUAUCAACAGUGUUCAACUUCAACAAUGGUGGCUCUUGCCAGUUUUAUGAAUGAAAGCAGCAAGUUCGAAGCUUGAAAGGCACAUCAACCAACCACCACCCUAGUUUUUGCUUCUCUUAUUCACCUGAAAGAGUCACUCCCCAAAUUUGCAUAGCUUUUAGGUCCAUUUAGAUUCCAAAUGAAGCCUGCUCCCAACCAGCACACCAACCUUGAGAUUUAAACUGGCAUCAGGUAUGUUUUCCACUAACAGCUGAGCUAACAAUGCAAGAUUAAAGGUGAUGAAACCACAAAAUGAGAGAGGUUGUGCCAGCCAACCCUUCUUAUACCCUCACAUUGCUUGGCUCUCAUGCCAUGUUCAACAAGAUGGUUCCUGCUCUCUCUCCCUCCAUACCAAAGCUCCACUACAGCUUGGAGUGGAAUGUGAUCCAGAAGAAGGUUGGCCCUCUGCUGUGGCUGCUGGUCAUCUCCACCAUCUUUAUCCUCUUCAUCAUGCACUCCUCUUAUACUCUCAGUAUCAGUGCCAAAGGUGGCCUCAGCCAAAGCCCUCUCAUGUCUGCUGCUAACAGCAACGUGAUACAACUGGUGCAGAGCCCCCCUGAUUCAGAGCUCCUUUCUCCGAAGGAAUUGAAGAGCUCUGUGAUAUGACAAAGGGCAAGUGGGUGACAGAGCCACGAGCAUCGAUCUAUACCAACGUGACAUGCCCGACGCUGCCUGACAUGAAGAACUGUGGGAAGUAUGGGAAGGAUCAGAGCUAUUUGUAUUGGAGAUGGCAACCCGAUAGUUGUGACGUACCGAGGUUUGAUCCUGUGACAUUCCUGAAUCUAGUUAGAGGGAAGAAGAUGGCCUUCAUUGGUGACUCGCUAGCUCGCAAUCAAAUGGAAUCCCUGCUGUGUCUCUUGUCUCAGGCAGAGACUUCCAGGCAAGUCUUCAGGGAUUCAGGCGACAAGUACGUGACAUGGUACUUCCCCUCGCAUGAGUUCACCCUCAUGGCCAUGUGGACGGAGUACUUUGUGGAAGCAAGGCCAAGAAUCAUAAACGGAACAGCUUCAUCCUCAUUUGAGCUUCACCUCGACAGGGUGCCCAUGAACUGGACGGAGAAACUUCCCGGCGUCGACUACGCUAUCCUCUCCGGCGGCAACUGGUUCUUUCGAGGACUCCACUUGUACCGAGGAGGAGAGAUCGUCGGGUGCGUCAACUGCUGGGGCCAAAACCUGACCGAUUUCGGGGUCGCAGCUGCCAUCAGAAGCGUCCUCAGAACAGCCCUCCAGUUCAUAGCCACAUGCAAGGAGUGCGAGGGGCUCGUCACCUUCUUGCGGACCUUCACGCCAUCACACUUCGAGAAUGGCUCCUGGUUCAGCGGAGGACAAUGCAACAGGACUCAACCAUUGGAUGAGAGCCAGAUUAGUCUGAGCGACAUCACCUGGGAGAUAAGGAAGGUUCAGCUGGAGGAGAUCGAAAGAGCGAGAUGGCAAGAGGGGGAAGUGAACAUCAAGUUCGAGGUGUUGGAUGUCACCAAAGCGAUGAUGCUGAGGGCAGACGCACACCCGGGGAAGCACUGGACGACGAAGACGAAGGGGGGUGUUAACGACUGCUUGCAUUGGUGCUUGCCCGGCCCUGUUGAUCUGUGGAGCGAUCUAUUGCUCGCGACUCUCAAGAAGAAUUCUCCAUCUCAUUAG